AUGGGCAAGUCUAAUUUGGAGUUGAUUGUUGAAUGCGAUAACUUUCCUUAUUAUGAGGAUAACCGUGCUGCUUACGCGGAGAACCUAGAGAACUACCAUCAGUUCCGAGUCAACGGGUACAAUGCUACGCUGGGUUACAUAUUGAAUUCAGUAGUUGAGAAGUUCCCCUGGUCAUCGAACCACUGGGCAGUCGACUCAAUUGCUAAGACCGUAACCUUGACUACGCCAGCAGACGCUACCGCAGAGCACCGCAGUAAAUUGGUCGCAGAGAGUAUCAUCGAGGCUGUUAACCUUGGUACAAUUGAAGUACUGAAGGGAUGGCGAAAUGAAAAAUACCCAGUCUACGGCCCGGGUGGAGAAUUCCUACUCGAUAUGGAGCGAUGUGCCUCUCCGCUCUUCGGCGUCGUGAGCUACGGCGCCCACAUGACCGGCUACGUGGAAGACAACGACGGCCUCAAAUUCUGGGUUCCCCGACGGUCAAAGACCAAGCAGACCUACCCCAGUAUGCUGGACAAUACAGUUGCUGGUGGCAUGUGCACCGACGAGAUGCCCUUCGAGUGUAUUGUCCGUGAAGCCAUGGAGGAAGCCUCCCUGCCCGAGGAGGUGGUGCGCGCGUCCAUCGUCCCAGUGGGCUGUGUCACAUACAGCCAUAUUCGGGAUGUGCGAGCUGGCGGCGAAAUUGGUCUCAGCCAACCAGAAGUCGAGUAUGUUUAUGACCUGAAGCUUGAUUCGUCGGUUAUCCCGCGGCCUGGCGACAACGAGGUGGAAGAGUUCAUGCUUUGGAAUGUGGAGGAAGUGAAAGAGGCGUUAGCGCGUGGCGAAUUUAAGCCGAACUGUGCAGUCGUCAUGAUCGAUUUCUUUAUUCGACAUGGCAUUCUUACUGCAGAGAAUGAGCCUGAUUACCUCGAUAUUAUGUCUCGACUGCAUCGCCGCUUGGAAUAUCCGACAGCCUCACACUGCUAG